GUGUGACUCUAGGAUGAUCUUAUCUACCACUGCCUUAUCUCUGUCUUCGCAACCACAGUUGUGUAGCUGCUAACCAGCAACUCGAGGCUACCCAUUUACUAUGAGCGUCCAGUUCAUUAACAACAUGAGUGCCAUCGCCGGGGCUCAGCCCUCAGCUUCGCACUCUCAUGAAAGGGGCGGUGUGGUUCAUGACCACGGAGGGGAGCACGGACACACGCAUGAGCACCUCGACCAUCCUGGAAAAUUCUCCGAUCGGGAUCUCCCUGACUACUCUUCGAGGAACUUCGAAGAGAGGGGAUUCACCGUUGGGAUUGGUGGCCCGGUAGGUUCUGGUAAGACUGCUCUCACGCUCGCGUUAUGCAAGCGACUGCGCAAGGAAUACAACAUUGCUACCGUAACGAAUGAUAUUUUUACGCGCGAAGACCAAGAAUUCCUCAUCCGUAACAAAGCCCUACCUCCGUCGCGAAUCCUUGCAAUUGAGACUGGUGGCUGUCCGCAUGCCGCAAUCCGUGAGGACAUAAGCGCCAACGCCGGUGCACUCGAGACUCUCCAGGAGAAGUACGGCUGCCAGAUUUUGUUCGUUGAGAGUGGCGGGGAUAAUCUCGCUGCAAACUACUCAAGGGAACUGGCGGAUUAUAUCAUUUAUGUUAUUGAUGUCGCAGGAGGGGAUAAGAUUCCCCGGAAGGGCGGCCCGGGCAUCUCGCAGUCCGACCUUCUCAUCAUCAACAAGAUCGAUAUUGCUGAGUACGUCAACGCGUCCCUCAAAGUGAUGGAGCGUGAUUCAAAGAUUAUGCGGGGCGAUGGCCCGACGAUUUUCACGAGCGUGAAGAAUAAUGAGAAUAUCGAUGAUGUUGUCGAUCUCAUUCUGGCCGCCUGGAGGAUGGCAGGCAGUCCCGGGAAGCCCGGCGCUGUAGGUGAUAACGAAGACGCCUGAAGACACGGAAGAAUCGAGAAGUUACAGUAACGUAAACUUUUUAUUCUUACGGAAUGAUGGGGGACGCGUCAUGCCAUUUCAGAGUACUUACAUAUUGCUUUUGUUAUUGCACCUGGCAGCUGGUCUCGAAUCUUGAAUUUUGCUGAUUACAUUACUAGCAAAAUUUUGAAUUUUCGCGAGAUGGACGUUGGUCUAACACUGUAAGGUUAGUGAAUUCUGUACCGAGUUCGCUGCUUCUCGUAAAGGUAGAAGCACUUAACGAUACAUAAAUUUUGGAUGUGAAAAGCAUUGCGUGAUACCAAUGAUGCGUAAGUAUGUGGGAGGGCACCCUUAG